AUGAAGCUUCUGGAAAUUAUUUCUGGAGAAAAAGUUGGUAAACCAAACAAGGGACUUAUUAGAGUGCAGAAAGUGGAGAAUGUCUUAAGAUGCUUGACUUUUUUGAAAUCUAAAAUCCACUUUGAAAAUAUUGGUGCUGAAGAUAUUGUUGAUGGGAAUCCUCGUCUAAUUUUGGGUCUUAUCUGGACCAUUAUUCUGAGAUUUCAAAUCCAGGAGAUCAGUGAAUUUUUGGAGGAAGAUGACAAAGAUGGUGAGAAAAGGUCUGCAAAAGAUGCCCUUUUGCUCUGGUGUCAACGCAAGACAGAUGGAUACCCUGGUGUCCAUAUUGAGAAUUUCACUACAUCUUGGCGGAAUGGUUUGGGAUUCAAUGCACUCAUACAUGCCCACAGACCUGACCUGAUAGCCUACGAAGAACUUAUCCCAUCUGAACACAUCCAGAACCUUAACAAUGCUUUUAAUGCUGCUGAAAAGAUGGGAAUACCAAAAAUGCUGGAUGCUGAGGAUGUGGAUGUGCCAAAGCCGGACGAAAAAGUCAUCAUGACUUAUGUGUCAGCAUAUUAUCAUUAUUUUGCAAAAUUAAAAUCUGAAAUGACAGGCGGCAAAAGAAUUGCAAAGAUUAUCAGCAAUGCAUUAACUUCAGAGAAAAACCAGAAGACAUAUGAGACACUCACUACUAAAUUACUUGAUUGGAUUAAGCAGAAAAUUGAAGAACUGAACAAUCGGGACUUCCCAAAUUCUUUUGAUGGCAUUAAAGAAAAAUUUGUUGAAUUCAAGCAAUACAGAACAGUUGAAAAGCCUCCAAAGUUUGAAGAACGUGGCACAGUUGAAGUACUUUAUUUCAACAUUCAGGCAAAUUUGAAAGCAAAUGGACAAAAGAGUUACGUUCCUCCUGAAGGCAAACUGGUUCAUGAUAUCCAAACUGCAUGGACAAGUCUGGAAAAAGCUGAGCAUGAUCGGGAAGUUGCUCUUCGGGAUAUUUUUAAGAGAUUGGAGAAACUUGAUCAAUUGGCCCAGAGAUUUCAUCGCAAGGCAGACAUUCGUGAGUCUUGGUUGGUGGAUAUGAACCAGAUUCUUGCUGAAGAAACAGAAUGUAACGAUGCCAGUACAACAGAAGCUGCAAUGAAGAAACAUGGGGCAAUCAGUGCAGAAAUUUUAGCUGGGCGUGAUCGAUUCAGUCGAGUGAAUGAGUUGGCUGAAGUACUAAUACGUGAAAAUUAUUAUGAUAAAGAAACAAUCAGAAAGAGAAAUGAAACCCUGAGUCAAGAAUGGAAGAAAUUGUUAGCGUUGCUCAAUGAGCGAAAGAAUAAACUGACUACAAUGGAGGGUUUGAUGGUCGCCCUGAGAGAGAUUGGUAGUAUUGAUGAAGAACUUGCUGAAUGUGAGAUGGCUUUGCGAGCAGAAGUUCCACUCAAACAUCUGCAGGCAGUCGAAGACACUCUUCAGAAAACUGGAUUGGUCCACACACAAAUUAAUGUUCUUUCCAAAAGAAUUGAAAACCUUGACAAAAAGCUGAUGGGGUUGGAAAAGCAAAACCCAAAAGAGGGUGUCCUCACUAAACACACAAAUGAAAUCAACAAAAAAUUAAAAAUGGUGCAAAAACUUUGUGCUGACAAGCAGGCUUCUCUUGAGAAAUCUCUUUGGUACUUCCAAUUCUUGCAGGACCUUGCUGAGGAAGAGCAAUGGAUCAAUGAUAAAAUCACAAUCAUGGGAUCUAAAAACAUCGGCAAAGACCUUAAAGCAGCACUGCACAGUAUGAAGAAACAUGAAGCCCAGGAAGCUGAAGUUAAUGGUCACAAGCAACGUAUUAGUCAGCUUCAGGCCACAGGAAAGCAGUUAGGACAAGAGAAACUCCUAAAGAAUGUCCUUCAGAAGUGGGAACAUCUAAAAGAAUUAAUCAGUGUGCGAAGACUCCUUUUGGAAGAUACCAUUGAAGCUCAACAGUUCUAUGCGGAUUCAAAUGAUGCAGAAUCUUGGAUGAAAGAAAAGAUGACUGUCGUUCGUAGUGAUGACUAUGGACGAGAUGAAACAGGUGCUAAGGCGCUUCUAAACCGACACCAGAGAAUUGUGAAAGAAAUUGAUGCCUUCAACAAUGAAGUUGAACGUCUUCGAGAAUUAUCUGUUCUAAUGACCAAAGCUGCAAGUGAACACAAUAUUUCACCUGAUAAAUUGAGCAAACUUGUAGAGAAUGGCCAAAGUGAUUCGGACUUGGAUGUAAUUGAAGAAGAAGAAGAAGAAAUUGUUGAAAAGGAAGUGCCCAUCAUUAAGAAGAUACCUCGGGUUCGAGCAUUGUUUGGAUACACAAAUCCCCAGGAUGGGACCUUCAUUAAAAAAGGAGAAGAAGCUGAUUUGAUAAAGAAAGCCAGUGAAGAAUGGUGGUGGGUGGUGAAAGAUGAUGAGAGUGGCCUUUAUGUUCCCAUGAACUAUGUCAAGGAGAUCCAACCACGUUCUGUUGAAAUUGGACGGAAGCCAGUUAAAGAGAAGAAAUCUUCAUUACACCGAACACCAUCAGUUCGUUCCAAAGCUAAUCUUCAUUUUGACAAAGACAAUGUUGAAAGUCGCCAGAAGCAAAUUCAGUUUACUUAUAACAAACUGAAAAAGUUGGCACAUGCUCGCCAGAUUUCAUUGGAGGAUUCUGUACGUCUUUUCUCUUUUUACAACCAGUGUGAUGAAUUUGACAGCUGGUUGCAUGAAAAGGAGCAAAUACUACAAAGUAAGGAAUGUCUGUCAGACAAUAUGGCCGCUGUGAAGAACAAUUAUGAGAGUCUAUUAACAAGUCUUGCUGCCAACCGAAGUCGUCUGGUUUCAAUCAAUUCUUUGGCUGAUGAAAUAAUCCAGUCUGGAAGUAGCCAAAAAGACAAAGUUGCAUCUCGGCGACAACAAAUUGUUGACCGUUGGAAUAAUCUCAAUAAAAUGAAGAAUGAGAAAGAAAAACUUCUGGAAGGUGCUUCAAGCAUUGAAAUGUUUAAGUUGACAUGCGAUGAACUUCAAGAAUGGAUCAGUGAGAAAGACAAUGCCUUUUAUGAUGAUGAACUUGGCAAAGAUUUGCAGGCUGCAAAAAAUUUACACAGGAAACAUCUGAACUUGGAGCGGGAGCUUGUACCUGUUGAAGAAAAAAUGAAAAGAAUGGCCUUUUUAGCUGAUACUGUUCGUUCAGCCUACCCAGAUGAAAAACGGUAUGUGGACCGGAGACAGAAAGAAGUUGACAUUCAGUGGAAAGCAUUACAGGAUAAAGUUAACACAAGAAAGAAAUGUUUGCAAGAUUCCUUGGCCAAACAGCAGUUUGUGGAUGAUGCAAAAGAUUUGUUAUCUUGGGCAGAUGUGAUGGAAUCUAAAAUUGCAUGUAUUGAACACCCAAGAGAUCAGAAAGCUGCCAAGGCAUAUUUGGAGGAAAUGAAAGAUCUUGGGAAAGAAAUUAAAGCCAAGAAAGAAAGGUUUCAUCAGUUGAAGAAUGUAAAGCUGCCUGGAGGUCCCACUGGAACAACAGCCGAAUUGCUGAAGAACAUUGAAGCUAAAGAGGCCCAUUUAGACAGCCUCUGGAAAAAACGUUACAAGCAAAUGGAAGAUGCAUUUGCUCUUCAGUGUUUCAAUAAAGAUGCUGACUAUAUUGACUCGAUCACCAGUGGAAAUGAUGCUUUCUUAGGUGUCACUGCAAAUCCGGAAAAUUUGGAUGAUGUUGAGAGACUGAUUCGACAACACAAUAUGUUUUGCAAUACCUUUGAGGCUGGUGAAAAAAGAGUUGAUGCCUUUAGAAAUAAAGCAGAUAAGCUUAUUGCUGAACACCAUCCUGACAGUGACCACAUAAGCAAAAGAAAAAUGCAAGUUCUUGAAAAUCGUGCAAAAAUUAAAGACAAGGCAAGCCAAAGAUCUGCUGAUUUGGAAAAUGCCAGAAAAUUCCAUGAAUUUAAGAAAAAUGCUGAAGAGUGGGGAGAAUGGAUGAAAGAAAAGCGUCAAAAAGCUUCAGAAAAUUCUUAUCGUGAUGCCAACAAUGCACCAGCUCUACUGUUGAAGCAUGAAGCAUUUGAAGCAGAAGUGAAGGCCAACACUGAUAGACUGAAUGCUCUAAAUGAGGAAGGAAAGUCACUUAUUGCUGAACGACAUCCAGAGUCAGAUAAGGUGAAAAAAAUCCUGGCUGAUACAAAUAAUGAAUGGAAUACUCUUUUGGUCAGUUCCGAAGGCAAGACAGGAAAAUUGAAACAAGCUGUGCAAGUAAAGAACAUGGAUAAAACAAUUGAAGAUUCUUUGACACAAAUAAAUGACAUCAAAUUGAAAUGCAGCAAUCCUGAUGUUGGCACUGACCUUCGACAUUGCAAAGAACUUAUUAAAAAACACCAGGCUUUAGAGAAUGAGUUUAAUAUGGUUGGAAAUAAUCUUGAUCGAGUGACAGCAGAAAGCAAGAACAUAACAAGUGCUGACUGUUAUGACAAAGAUGGUGUUCUUUUGUCAGUUGAAGAUUUCAAAAAAAAGUAA